UUUUUCAUUAUCACACAUCAGCAUCACUUUUCUGCAUUUCACCGUUAACUUAAUCAGCAUGACAUACGACACUGGAUCGAAUAUGGACUAUUACGGUCUAAAGGAUGCAAACAGGUCGGUUAGCAGCGACUUCCUGUCCGAUGGAAAUUGGCCAAACAAUGACGACACUCUCCGUGGCGCGAGCAAUGGUCAGAGCACGCCAGACUACUCUAUCAAGCUCACACCUUCGGCAGCACGCCCUGAGCGGCAGUUCCCGCUUCGAUUCCCUAGCAUCCCGCACACCGACGUCGAUGUGUCACAUAUUCCUACGACAAAGUACACAUUUGCGCUCAAGCUCCUGCGCAUGGUGAACACGGGGAUCAGUGCGCUCCUAAUAAGCGUCAUUCUGGCCAUGGAAAUAUACAUGCUGCUCAACCAGCGGGGCGUAAUCAUCAUCCCGCUGUUCGUGUGCCGGCUCAUCCUUGUGGGCGCGCUGGUGGUCCUGGUCCUCUGCGACUGGGCGGUGCUGCCAAAGAUGUUUUAUUUUUUCCCAAUGUACGACGACAACCGCAGCUGGAAGGGGCUCGGGUUCAGCCAGAUCGUCGUAGCGUUUUUUGUGCUUGGUGACUCAACGCUGGUCGGGAUGCAGAGCGACGAAGGAAGGUUCGCCAAGGUGCUGUUCCCGUGCGCGGUCACUUUCGGGUGCCUGAUGGUUGGCGUUGGGAUCACGUACUUUGUCGCCGGUGUUAUUGGCGGGGCUCGGCUCAAGGUCGAUCGCAAGGAGCGCAAGGUGUUUGCCACCGGCAUGGAAGCUUAGAUUGGCC